CAUCCACCCCCAAGCGUCCCCAUAUCAAACCCCUCAUAAGAUCUGUUCACAAAAAACCCACAAAACAAUCUCCGUACCACCUAACAUUCAACUCCCACCAAACCACCCCCCAAAACCACAGAAAACUCCACCAUGUCCCCAACCACCCCCACAGCCCUCCUGAUAAUCGACAUGCAAACCGUUUUUCUGCCUAUGACCCGCACCGCCCUCCCCCACAUCCUCACCCUCACCCACCACUUCCUCUCCCACAACCUCCCCAUCAUAGCAACCCAGCACGGCCACUCCCCAGCCGACCUCUCGCCGCCCUUCGCGAACCAGCUCGUCCGCAAAUGGGGCGUCGACGGCUCCAUCGCCACCGGCUCCCGCAACUGGGAACUGAUCCCGGAAAUCCAGGAACUCGUUACUAAGGACGACAUCCCCGUGGUGCCUAAGAACACGUACGACGCAUUUCUGGGCACGGGCACGGAGGGGGAGAAGAGGCUGGAUGAGUGCUUGGAGGAGGCGGGGGUGAGGCCGGGGGAGGGGCGGGUGGUGGUGGUGGGCGUUAUGACGGAUUGUUGUGUGGAUACGACGGGGCGGAGCGCAUUUAAUCGGGGUUUUGAGACGUGGGUUGUAGGGGAUGCGUGUGGGAGUGGGAGCGGGGAGCAGCAUGAGAGGGGGUUGAAGGGGUUUGCGUUUGCGUUUGGGGAGGUGCUGGGGACGGAGGAGGUAGUGGGGUGGUUGAAGUAG